UCUUGAGUGAAGAGAAUAAAUACCUUUUUUUGCGUUCGAUAAUUUUCUUCACUAUUUUUCUCUCCUCUCCACACAAUUUCUCUUACCUUUCUCUCGCUGCGCAAAACACAUCUUUUAUCUCACUGUACCCAUGGCUUUCAGAGUAGGAGGGGGAGGGGGAAAUGCCUCUUCUGGAAUGGGUGUUGCUGAGCAUAGCGUUAACACGUUCCUGGAAUUACAGAGGAAGAAAGUUCAUCGCUAUGUGGUUUUUAAAAUUGACGAGAUAAAGCAAGAGGUUGUGGUAGAGAAAACCGGAGGCCCUGCUGAGAGCUACGAUGAUUUCACUGCAUCCUUGCCUGAAAGUGAUUGCCGAUAUGCUGUUUAUGACUUUGAUUUUGUGACAUCUGAGAACUGCCAGAAGAGCAAAAUCUUUUUCGUGGCAUGGUCUCCUUCAGUAUCCCGCAUUCGCUCUAAGAUGCUUUAUGCAACAUCCAAGGACAGGUUCAGAAGGGAACUACAGGGCAUCCAUUACGAGAUUCAGGCAACAGACCCAACAGAGAUGGAUCUUGAAGUCCUCAGAGAGCGUGCAAACUGAGCAGCUACGCAAGAGAGUCGUGUUUUUAGGUGACUAGUUAGGAUAUAUGAGACCCUGCGGGACUGAUGUUGACUGAUACCCUUUAGUUCUACCAUGUUAUUUGUCUGUUUCGAUAUAUUUUUUUCUUAAACUGCUGACUUAUCAUUUAUCAAGUGAAUAACCUGCACCUGUGAAAGCUGAUUAGGGGUUCCUGCCUAAGAAACUCCACUGCAGGGGAAUUUCAGCAUUUCCUAAUUGCCAUGAUGCUUCACAGGGGCAGAUUAAUAUAUUAAUGGCUAUUGAAAAAUCAACUUAUAUUCUAUGAAUUUCUAGUGGAAGUUGGUGAAUCUACUUUGUUCCUUUUUAA